AUGGAUAGACGGUCUCCGCACUUGACCGAUGAUUAUCGAUUACGCAACGUGGACCGUCAGCAAUCACGCAAAGAUGAGCGCGAUUCGGACUUAACCAUGGGCGCUCCACCUCGCAAACGUGCCUUUAUCGUGACCCCAACUGAUGUAGAGCCAUCGAUCCUCAAUCCGGAUAUGCGACGUGCUCGUGCACGUCAUCGUAGCCGUGGUCCGGGUGGUACUGGAGCUCCGAUCGAUCGGUCGGAACCUUUCGAAUCAGACGCGGGUAGUUUCGCUGCGGAGCAGCGCCUACGGGAAUUACGCGAGCGUCUCAAUCUAGUGGACGAUAGAAUAGCGGAAAUCAAAGCUGGUUCAGCUCGGUGA